AUAAUUAACCUGGACUUUAUUGUCGACAAAAUAUGUCGAAAAAGCAAAUAUAUUAUUCUGAUAAAUAUACCGACGACGACUUUGAGUACAGGCAUGUGGUACUUCCAAAGCAGCUGGCGAAACUGGUGCCCACAUCCCAUCUGAUGACAGAAGAGGAAUGGAGGGGACUCGGAGUACAGCAGAGCCAGGGCUGGAUGCACUAUAUGGUACACAAACCAGAGCCACACAUACUGCUUUUUAGAAGACCCCUCCCAAAGGAUUUAAAGGAAUGAAGUUCUUGUAUUUCACACCCACUAUGUCCUGGAUUGUCAUCGUCUUUGGACAGUGUACGCACUACAAAUAGUCUAUAUCUUAUGUCCUAAUUUAUAUUUUUCUCAGUCCUCUAGUUUAUUUUCCUUUCAGUCACCUCAAUUUUUAUGAGGUAAUGUCGAACUUUUAUUUACUGUUAUUCCACUGUCUAACUGACUGCAGUUAACAUGUGAGUUGCUUUUUAACAAUGCAAUCAUUUUGUUGUUAACAAAAUGGUUUAAGAGCAUUGUUUUGUUUUUUCUCAACCCCAAUAUUUUUCAAGUAUGUUUUAAUGUUUUUGUUAAUAUUUCUGUAUAUGUAC